AUGUUUGCUAGCGACCAUAUGGCACUUCGCGGGCGUUUACGGGUCGAUCUUCCGACCGAGGUAGCGCGCACAACGAUCGUGCCGGCUUUGCCAGAUUUCAUGGCGGCUCACCCUGGGUUGGAGUUGGAAAUAUCGAGUACGGAUCGACAGGUCGAUCUGGUUCAAGAGGGGUUCGACUGUGUAUUGCGGCUUGGCCCCAUCAGAGACGAAACGCUGGUUGCCCGCUCCCUAGGCCUGUUGCGCAUGGUCAACGCUGGCAGUCCCGCUUAUCUGGCGCGCUAUGGCAUCCCUCGCUCGCUAGAAGAUCUGCAGCGUCAGGAACAUCGGACAAUUCAUUUUUCUACGAUGCUGGGCGCAAGGCCUUACGGAUGGGAAUAUCCGGACGGCGACAGCUACGCGACGCUUCAGUUGCCAGGUACGCUGCACGUCAACAGCUCGCAAACCUAUGAUGCCGCUGCUCUCGCCGGUCUUGGCUUGAUUCAGGCGCCACUCUUGGGGAUUGGCCAAUACUUCAAGAGCGGAGCACUUGUGGAGAUCAUGCCCGACUUUCGUCGCCGGGCGCUCCCCGUGUCCCUCGUCGUAGCGCAUCGAAGCAAUCUGUCGCGCCGAGUGCUCACCUUCAUGAAGUGGAUCGAAGGGGUGCUGACGCCGUACCUGGAACGGGAAGAC